AUGGAGGUGACCAUCUGGGUGGAAGAGGACCUUCACUACAACCGUGCCGCUCUCUUCUCCACCAUUCUGGUAAUCUACGCACUCACAUGGACUACUAACUUACUUUUACUAAGUUCUAUUAAACUUUCUCCACAGUUGCACACACCCAUGUACUUUUUGUUAGGUAACCUGUCGGUAGUGGACAUCUCUUUCUCUACAGUGACGGUGCCCAAGCUUCUAUCCGGCAUUCUUCGUGGAGGAACCUCCAUCUCCUUCCUCGGCUGUUUCCUGCAGAUGUACUUCUUUGUGUUUCUGGGGGUGACUGAGAUUUUCCUUCUGUCAGUAAUGGCGUUUGAUCGUUAUUUGGCUGUUUGUAUCCCCUUACGCUACACCUCGUUAAUGAAUAAUAAGGUCGUGGUCAUCUUGUCAAGCAGUUGUUGGGUGGCAGCUUCUCUGCAUUCAUUAUUGCACACAUACGUUCUCUCACAAUUGACCUACUGUGAGGACAGACUUAUCCCCCACUUCUUCUGUGACAUGACCCCGCUCAUCAAGCUGUCCUGUUCCAGUACUAAAUCGGCUGAGCUCCUAAUAUACACAGAAGGUUCCAUAGCUAUAAUUAUUCCAUUCCUUUUCAUACUCAUCUCCUAUGUGCUCAUUGGAUGGGCUAUAGCAAAAAUGAAAACCAGUAGCAGCCGGAGCAAAGCUUUUUCUUCCUGUUCUUCUCAUCUCAUGGUCAUUUGUCUGUUCUAUGGCACCAUCAUUUUCAUAUACUUCCGUCCUCCCUCUGUUUACUCUUCACAGUAUGAUCGCAUUGUCAGCGUGGCUUACACCAUCAUCACACCUAUGCUGAAUGCUUUUAUUUACAGCCUAAGGAACCAAGAUGUGAAACAGGCUCUGAAGAAACCUUUCAAGGAAUGCUUUUCUGACAGAUGGACAAAGAACCUUUCUGCUCAUGGUCUGAGAGAUGAAUUUGAGAUGAAUUGGUGA